AUGGAAGACCCCAAUGGCGAUGGCAAGGACAGCAGCAACGCACCCGCCAACCAAGACCUUCAGCCCCAAAACACGCAACCAGCUGAACCGUGCUCUGACCUUUCGACUUCAGCUGCACCACCUCCAACAGUUGAUAUCAGCGUUCCAAGUCUGUUAGAUUCGCGGACGCUCCCUCCGGUAGCUACUGGUUGUGGUGACAAUGCAAUUGAGACGGCACCUCGAUACCUACCGCUAGAAAAUGAAUCCGCCUCGUCUUCCGUCUCGUUUAGUGAGGCUUUUGCCCAAUUGAGGAAAACCUCGUCGUACAUUGCGCGUCCACCUGAGAAACCACAAGAAGGCAAACCUCCCGUCAAAGACGCGGCAGCUACUGUGUACGUGAAUCGACGUCAACAGGGAAACCCCAUGCUAAAAGCCGUGCGCAACGUGGGACUCGAGUUUCGAGACGGGUUGAUCCCCGAUUACGUGAUGGGAGAGAACUCCCUCUGCGUCUUGUUUCUUAGUGUGAGGUACCACCUGCUGCACAACAGCUACUUGGACGAGCGAGUGCAGAGCGUGCGAAAGGAUGACUCUGCACACUACAAAACGAAACUCGUCCUGUGCUUCGUGGACGUGGACGACAACGAGGUGGCGUUGCGUGAAAUCAACCGAGUUACGCUGUUGAGUGAUUUCACGCUGGUGCUAGCAUGGAGUUGGCUGGAAGCUGCGCGGUAUCUCGAGACAUUCAAGGCCUACGAGCACAAGUCGGCGACUUUGAUCAAAGAGAAAGUAGAGGCUGAUUUCUUGCCCAAAGCAAACGACGUGCUCACGUCCAUCCGAUCGGUGAACAAGACGGACGUUGUGACGUUGCUGUCCACGUUCGGAACGAUCAAGGGACUCAUGAAUGCGUCGAUGGAGGAACUUUCACUUUGUCCCGGUGUGGGUGCCCAGAAGGUGCGUCGGCUACUGGAGACUUUCCAAGAACCUUUCACGAAGCAGUGA